CAAGCAUCACUAUGAGCAGCUUCGGGGAGAUCCUGCGGGAGAUCGGGGAGUUUGGUAGCUUUCAGAAACGCUUGUUGGCUGGAAUAUGCAUCCUCAGCACUUUUUCUGCUUUCGACAUCGCCAGUCAGGUGUUUGUAGGACUGAACUUCCCACAUUCCUGUAACACCGACUGGAUCCUGGAGCGAGGACCCAACCUGACGGAGGAACGACAAAGAAAUCUCACCCUCCCACUGAACAGGGAUGGAGGCUUUGAGAGCUGUGAGAUGUUCACACCUGUGGAUCUUGAUUUGGAAACCAUUGAGGCGUAUGGCAUCAACAAGACUACAGGAUGCACACAUGGAUGGGACUAUGACGCACCUGUUUGGGCGUCUAGCAUCGUGACAGAGUUUGAUGUAGUUUGUGACAGGAGUGGUUUGAUCGAGGCGUCCCAGUCCAUCUCCAUGGCCGGAGUUCUGGUUGGAGCGCUGGCUUAUGGGGCGAUUUCUGACCGGUUUGGACGGCGCUUCUCGAUCCUGCUCUGUGUUUCUCUCCUCCUGUUCUUCAGUGUUGGUUCAGCUUUCUCCCCCAACAUCUACGUUUACAUGUUUUUCAAAUUUCUCUGCGGCACCUCGAGUAUCAACCUUCAGAUGAACAUAUCUGUGAUGGGGGUGGAGUGGACUGGUCCCUCUUACGCUGCUCGUUUCACAACAAUCACCUUAACGUUCUGCGGUGUGGGACUGACCUUACUGUCGGGCAUCGCCUAUUUAAUCCGCGAUUGGAGGAUCCUGCAGCUGGUGCUCUUCAGUCCUCUUCUAGUCCUCUUUGCAGUCUAUUACAGGUUUCUCCCAGAGUCCGCCCGCUGGCUGAUCACCCAGGGCAGGAAGGAGGAGGCGCUGAAGGAGCUGCAGAGGGCUGCCCGGCUGAACGGGACCACGGUACCAGAACAUCUGCUGGACAAGAUUGAGGGAACAUCCAGAAGAAGAAACGUGUUCGACAUCUUCCGGAUAUCGUAUUUGAGAAAACUUACUCUCAUAAUGGGCUACAACUGGUUUGCAGUAAAUCUUCUCUACUACGGACUGACCCUGAAUGUGGGCAGCUUUGGCCUCAAUAUCUACCUCACACUGUUCAUCUUUGGAGUCGUCGAAUUUCCUGCACGGGCUACUUCUUACGCUCUGAUGCAACGCAUCGGAAGGAGGACAGGACUAGUGGGCUUCCUUUUCUUCGGGGGAGCUUCUUGCCUCAUGGUCCUUGCCAUCCCAAAAGAUCUUCCUGCCGUGGUGACAACCAUAGCAGUCAUCGGGACGUUUGCUGCUACUGCCAGUUUCAACAUAAUCUAUGUGUACACUACAGAAUUAUACCCAACUAUUUUAAGGCAGAAUGGUUUUGGUGUGAACUCGAUGUUUGGUCGCGUGGCGGGGAUCCUGGCUCCACUGGCGAGACUCCUGGACGUCUACCAUCACUCCAUCCCCAUGCUGAUAUACGGCAUCGUGCCCAUCACUGCUGCUGGUCUCUGCUUGUUACUGCCUGAAACCCUCAAUGUGGAACUCCAGGACCACACUGAGCCCGAAAAACCAUCAAAUGGAGCUUUGGAGAACCGACACAGUGAGGAAGUCAUUCUUCCUUUGUUAUAGUCAGACAACUUUUCUACAUGUAUUUGCAUUUUUUUUCAACCUCUUUUUAUCGGUGUUGUUGGGAUAAAAGUGUUAUGUGAAUAAAAUGUAAUUUACCAGAGCUUUGUUGAAAGUGUUGAAAAAAAAGUAUUGGGGCAACAAUUUAGCUUCAGGGGAAACCUGAGAUAUUCACACAGAAAUUACAACUUUAUAUAAAUUAAUAAAAGGCAAAUAAUUCAUAUUAUUAUUAUUAAUAUUAUUAUACAGACAUACAAUUCCAAUGUGUUUCGAAUCUACAUUUGCAACAAAAAAAUUAGUAAAUGUUUGGAUCUUUCUGCAUACCCAGGAUUUUAAUAUCAAAUCUGUUACUUUUUGUAUUCCUAUUUGUCAAACCUAUUUUUAAUUAACACUGUGACCAAAAGAUAGAAUCUUCCAAAAAGUUAACUGUGAUUCGUUGUGGUAAUUCUAAACUAAACAAACGGUAAAUGAUCAAAACUGAUUGAUUAAAGUUAAACCAUUGAAGCAAUAGGCGGGUUAUGCAUCAACACAUUAUCACGUAUUAUGAACACACAGAUUUAAACACUCGUUGGUGCCUCAAACGCAUCGUCAUGAUUCUCCGUGUUCACCGUUAAAUCAGCUGAGGAGAGAAACAAGACACAGUUUUAAAUGAAGGGAUGCCACAUUAAUAACCAUUUAUGAACAACAAAAGGAUAUAUAUGGUACUCACUUUGUUUGAGUCUCUAUGCCUCCGACUCACUGGACACCGCGUCAGCAGAGUUUCUCAGAAGCCAUCGGUUCUUGUGUUGAACGUGUCCGAAGCCUUCGUCGUAGUUUCCCUUUCUUCUGAACAGUUGUUGGUAGUGAAAUAUGCAGUAGAACUCCCCAUGCAGUGGUGAGUAAUUUUGCAUGCUACAGUACAAUAAGCAAAAUAGUUUAGUUAAAGUUAUGUUUCACUGUUCUGCUGUACCUUAAACCCCGAUCCAAACGAAGCUGAUUGGUCUUUGCUCAAUUUAUAUGCGGUGGUGAAGCAACAUUAAAACGGUUAAUCAUCUGUUAUAUUUGUCUCU